UAUUCCCCUGCCACUCCGCAAGAUUCAAUUUUUAUUCAAGCCCAUUCUCUCUCUCUCUCUCUCUCUCGCCUUACCGAAUUCGACUGGUGCUCUUCUUCUCUGGUCCGCGCGUGCGUGUCUCCGUCUCGGUCCUCGCUCGAGCCCAUCCACUCUUCUGCCUCUCUCGCUUCCCACCACCUUCGUCAUCCUCUUCUUCAUCUGGGUUCGAAGGGAAGAAGAAGAAGAGCGAAGAUCGUCUGAGUAAAUGGCAUUAGCAUCGGCCUCUGCAACGAGCAGGACUUCCAUACUCUCAUCCCGCGCGAGGACGCCCCUCAAUAUUGUUGCUCCUCCGCCGUCGCCGAGGCUUCAGAAGCUUCGGACUUUUCACCCUUUGACCACCCCUGGCCUUCGCUGCAGUUCCUUCUCUCUGUCCCAACAAGCUCGGCUCCCUUCGACCCCUUGCGCUUCGCCGUCCAUAGCCGGCUCGCCAAUCCCGGGUGUCGAAGUUCCGGAGAGUACCAUCGAUGCCUGGGGAGAAUUCGCCAGAAACAUAUCUGGCGAGUGGGAUGGGUUUGGGGCGGACUUCUCCAUUGAAGGGAAGCCGAUUGAGCUUCCUGAGUCGGUUGUGCCUGAAGCUUACAGGGAGUGGGAGGUGAAAGUGUUUGAUUGGCAGACUCAGUGCCCUACUCUUGCAAAUGCUGAAGAGCGUAUUCUUGAUUACAAGACGAUUAAGUUGCUUCCCACCGUGGGAUGUGAAGCUGAUGCAGCCACGCGCUACAGUAUCGAUGAGAGAUGUGUUGGGGAAGCAAACAACAAAGCUUCCGCAUUUGCCUAUCAAUCUAGUGGCUGUUAUGUUUCUGUUUGGCCAAUGGAAGAUAAGGUCACAGAUAAGAUGUUGGAAGUGGAGUUUUGUUUGAUUAGUCCCCUAGACCGGGAGUCCCGUGUGAGGAUAACUCAGGUCAUACAUGUGUCCAACAACAAGGUUCUGCUUAAAGGUGUUAGGGUUUUUUGUGAGCAAUGGUAUGGGCCAUUUAGAAAUGGCGACCAACUGGGGGGAUGUGCUAUCCGCGAUUCUGCUUUUGCAUCUACUCCUGCCACGGCAGCUUCUGAUGUUGUCGGUGUUUGGCAGGGCCCCACUUCUACGGUGGAUUUCCACUGUUCUCAAGAUAAACUCUUGGAACUUAUGGAGGUUGGUGUACAAAGAUUGGCGAGGGACGAUAGUAACCUGGUGUUGCUUCCAAAACAGUUGUGGUGUUCACUUCGAGGAAGAGAAAAUGGUGAAACUUGUAGUGAGGCGGGAUGGCUGUUCGAUAAUGGCCGUGCUAUCACAUCCAGAUGCAUAUUAUCAAGUGACGCAGAGGCGAAGGAGAUAUCGAUAAUGCUUGAAUCCGCAUCGUUGGAUAAUGUAUAAAGAGCAAUGACAGCCAAAACUUCCAAAAUAAUGCCGGAAGUCUAGACUCGGUUUCAAGUAUGUUUGGCUGUCGGUGCGUGAGCACUCAAGCUUCAUAAGUUGAGGACUCGUUAUCGUGAUGAAAAAGAGAUCAGCCAUUUGAAUGAGAGACAUACCCAUCAAGCAGGGGAUACCACGGAUUACGUCUGCUCUUGCUGUUUGCAGAGAGAUGUUAGCUCUUAAAUUAUGUUUUGUAUUGCUCUCCAGAUUAAUACCAUCGUUGGGUCAGUGAUACUUUUGCAAUAGAAGUACACUGUAUCCAUCGUUCUCAAAUUUCUUUUACUCUGUUGUCGUUACCAUCUAUCCAUAGCUAAUAAAGAAGUUGCUAGCCCUUGUCAAUUCAUGA